AUGUUCGGCUCGACAGCAACCUCGUUUGGCGCGCCGGCGACCACCACCGCGGCGCCAUCUUCAGCCUUCUCCUUCGGUCAACCCCCCAAUACGCCUGCAUCAGGGCCAUCGAGUGGUGGGUUCUCCUUUGGUAGCGCUACCACGUCGCAGCAGCAACCGGCGGCGGCAACGCCGUCGGGCUUUGGUUUUGGCACAUCGACAACUCCUGCCGCCGCACCAGGUAACGCGUUCUCGUUUGGGGGUUCCACAACUCCUGCCCAGCCACCCAACUCGUCGGUGAGUGCGUUCUCCUUUGGUGGGUCGGCUCCUCCGUCCACCACUGCCAGUGGUGGCGCGUCUGGGUUUUCCUUUGGCGGGAGCAGCAGUACACCUGCAGCAUCUGCAACGUCGACGGCCACCACGACCACCCCAUCCUUUUCGUUUGGAAACACCACCACGACGCCUGCAUCCAGCGGCUUUGGCUUUGCUUCGACCACCAGCACCCCUGCGGCGCCCAGUGCGUUUUCAUUUGGUGGGUCAUCUGGGUUUGGCAACACAGCCAACAAACCAGCGACCGCCUUUGGCUUCCCCUCUGCCACGACCUCCACCACCUCUACCACCACCUCGGCGAAUGCGGCCUCGUCCUCCAUGCAAGCCGCCGCGUUCGCCAACUCGCCGCUGGACAGCUUGCAAGGCGUGCGCAUGGCCUACACCGAUCCAUUCCAAUCCCGCUUCAAGUACAUGUUCUACAACGCCGUAGACCCCGCGCAGAAACAUUUGUACACGCGGCCGCCCCAUGUCGGGGAGAAGCUGUGGAUCCAAGCGCAGCGCGACAACCCAGACCCAGCCAACCUCGUACCCGCCGCCGUCGUCGGCUUCAAGGAGCUGUCCACGCGCAUCCAACUGCAGCAAGCGCACAUUAAAAAGUUCCACGGCUACGCCAAGGACUUGGUAGCGCAAGUACAAGACAUGGAAAAAGCAUCGCGGCACACAGAUGUCAAGUUGACGCAGUGCCGGCAGCAGCACAUUGCACUCUUUCAUCGCCUUGUGCAGCUCAUGCGCAAGCUGGAACUCUUCAAGCAACUUCGCAAGCCACUUCAUCCGAGCGAACAUCAUUUGGCAGCAACGUUGAAGCACGUGCAGAGUUUGCUGGACAACCCGACGCAGUUCAAAGCCCAUAUGCAUGAGCUCAUGACGCUGCAGUCGAUGCAAGCGGCGUUGCCAAACCAGCAGCGGCCAGACGCCCAACUCACCGACGAAGACAUGGCCACGGUGUUUCGGGUGUUGGACAAGCAGCGGGAAGGACUCGAGCAUUUGACACGCAUUUUGAACCAAGAUUUGCGAGAUGUGCAGAUCAUGAAGAAGGCGCUGGAAGAUGAUAGUGCGUAG